AAACGGUUAUGUUUAUUUUACAUAAAGCUCAACUAUUUUGCGCUCAAAUAAAGGCCCAAAAAUUUGACUCGCAUUAAGAUAGAACAGCCAAACCUGCAUCACAUCGAACACUGACUAUGCUUGCAUUAGCAGGGCAGCUGUGGUGGCGUAUAUGGGGGCCAGUUCUGGUGGGCCGGUCUGGAUCAAAGUCCAGGGCCUAUCUUUACUCCCAGUCUGUCCCUGCCGCCCUGCAACAUUAAGGCCCUCCCAGCACCCCCCUGAUAAAAUAUGUUCCCGCAGCUAUGCGCACACAUGCACACACACACAAACAUCCAAACCUACCCACACACAGGUACACACACACACACACAAACAUAAGCAUCACCAUCAUGCACAAUAUGUGUCACCUCUCAAUGAUGGAUGGUUGAAUGGAUGCAUGGAUUGACUGAGUAACUGAUUGAUUGUGUCUCUCCCUCCUGCCCACCAGGGGUGUCACAGUGCCAGUCCAGUCCGUGUGGGCGUGGUGCGACAUGUCAGGAGACUCCAGAGGGGCACCGGUGCCUCUGUCCCCCCGGGUGGAUGGGCCGAACCUGCCAGCUGGACACCAAUGAGUGUGAGAUGGACGUGUGUGUCCACGCACGGUCCUGUCGCAAUCUGAUUGGUGGAUACCUUUGUGACUGCCUACCAGGAUGGACGGGACCUGACUGUGACAUCAGGGACAGCAGCUGCCAGGGGCUGUGUCUCAACGGAGGUGGAUGUGAGGACCUGGUGUCAGGGUCAAUCUGCCUGUGUCUGCCAGGGUUCACUGGGAAGCACUGUCAGAACGCCCCCGGCCCCUGUGACAGCGCCCCCUGUCUACACGGAGGAUACUGUGUGGAGGAGGCCGGCCGCACGGCCUCCUGUAGCUGUGCGGCGGGAUACACUGGACCUUUCUGCCAGGUGGUGGUGGUGGAUCCGUGCAGUCCUAACCCCUGCCAGCAGGGGGUGCCAUGCCGGAGCACGGACGGGGGGUACGUGUGCGGCUGCCCCGAGGGGUACUAUGGCAACGAGUGCACGAGCCUCAAGGAUCCCUGCCAUGGCCAGCACUGCCCAGGCGCCAUGUCGGACCCUGCUCGUGGAGGUUUCAGCCUCUACAUGGUGCUGGUGGGCGUGUCCGCCUUGGUGACGGCAUGCGGCUGCGCGGCCUGUGCCCUCCUCCUCUCCCGUCUGCACCGGCGGCGGAAGAAGCAGCAAGGAGGCCCUCCGGAGGAAGAGGCCAUCAACAACCAGAGAGAGUUUGUCACUCUCAUCCGAAACCUGGACCGCCCCUCGCCCCUCCUGGCCCCUGUGGGCCCCCACACCUCCGUCCCCGCCCCCCCCGAGCUGCUGCGAGGAGAUUGAGCUGACCCUGCCCCCUUCGCCAGUCCCCUCGCACUCCUCCCCGGCCCUCAAACCCUCCCAUGCCCACAAACUGGACAUCUCCAACCUGGAGAGGGAGAAACUAAACCGCAUCCACUACGCAGACAACCAGGAACUGGAGGUGUGACUUGUGGAGCCUUUGAACUCCCAGACCCCAGUCUGUUUGUUUUGCACCCAGCAGGUCUCUCUCUGGGGUCUAACCCCAGUCUCCGGUGCUGUGCCAUUGCUGCAUUACUUCCUGUGGUGGUGGUGGGUGACCCUAGUCUGACCACUCCCUGAGUUUGACCCCUUACCCUUUGUAAGAUGAGAUUGCCAUUGGCCGCUCUACUGCCAGCCAAAACUAUUAUGGGCUGACCUUCUGUGAGCUAAGUAGGAUGUGGACCCGUAAUUUUGUUGUUGGCCUUGAUCCUAUUUUAGAGCGCAGCCUUGCCAAUGGGGAGAGAGAUGGCAUAAAUCUGAACUAUGACCUCUGACUUCAUCCUGAACUCAGAACUAGUCUGAUGUGGGCCUGUGCAGUGUGUAUGUGGCCUGUCUCUUUGCCCCGUUUCACCCUAGUCCUGGUGGAGAUCACAUGGGACCCGUUCCCCUAAUGCGAUUGGACCAGCCUGCACCAGAUAAGCCUGGCUUCCUGUACGGUCUGGGUGUCCAGCCUGAAAGUGUGUUCCAGUGACAGAGGGAGAGGGGGGAAGGUGGGGGUCUCAUUCCAUGAAGGAUGAGUUGAUCUGAAGGAUCAACUCACAUGCUUAAAUUUUAAGUGUAGGUGUUUGUUGUUGUUCUGUGUUUCUUGUUUCGUUGUUUGUUUGACUAUGUGUGUGUGAGUGUGUGUGAGUGUGUGUGUGUGCGCGCGCAUAUAUGUCUAUUACUUGGGGGAGCGAGAGAAGAUAAAGCAUUAAGAAAUGAAAGAAUCACAUUUACUAAAUCAACACAUUUUAAAUGGUGCCCUUUAGUAAAGAAAAACAACACCCAGAGAGAUAAACAAAAUAGAAAAUGCUCUCAAAAAUGUUCAGAAAUAAGUUUUAACUUUAGGAAUGAACUGAAUUCUAACACUACACUGUUGCCUGCAUGGUCUCUGUAACAAACUCUGUUCAAAGAUGUAUGAUUUUUAUACCUUUGUGUAAAAUAGCAAUGUUGUAUAUUUGUUGUACAUAUUGAUACUGAUCUUUUUGUACUGUGGUUUGGUCUCCGAAUGUUUUAAUCAUUGCUUUUUGUUCUCUGUCCCCUUCCAUAUGUCUGAGAAGACCAGCUAAUAUGGAUUGUGAUUAAAGUGCAUU